AUUACCUCAAGAAUCGAUCAAGAUGUAUUGCAGGUCUGCCUACGUUUCCGAUUUUUUCUCCCUGGCGGGGUCUUUCCACGCGCCUGUGGUGCCAUAGAUGGACAAAGUUUAACACAGUCAAGCUGCCAAUUCCUUUCCUCUGGUGCAAAGAGGAAAAGGGAAGAGAUAUGACGGAAUACGAUGAUCGCAGCUGUGCGUCAAAUAUGUAUUUACCGAGCUGCACUUAUUACGUUUCGACGCCUGAUUUUACAUCAGUCUCCUCCUUUUUACCGCAGACUACUUCGUGUCAGAUUAAUUUCCCCUAUUCCCCCAACAUUGGCCAAGUGCAACCUGUUCGAGAGGUCGCUUUCAGGGAUUAUGGACUGGACCAUCCCAGCAAAUGGCACUACAGGGGAAAUUACGCGUCCUAUUAUUCAACGGACGAAAUAAUGCAUCGGGACUUAAUCCAGUCCUCUAGCAGCAGGGCGGAUGUGAUAUUCAAAAACGACUCCCUGUACGGGCACCACGGAGGGACGAGCUCGCCGUGCAAUUUCUUCAACGGUGUCGGCCGGAAUGGGGUUCUCCCCCAGGGCUUCGACCAGUUUCUUGACACUUCUAACUCGGAGAAGCCAGGCGCGGAGCCCCCCAAACAAAAGACAGACUCCUCUGUUCCCGGAGAUGCUGCGAAUAACAAUCAGGCUUUAACCAAACUGGAGCAGCACAAAGCUGAGCCGAGCGGGAGCGUCGACGAGGAUUCAUCUUCCAACUGCGGCGACAAGAAUAACCAACAGAGUUCAUCAACCAAGUCCAGGAAGAAGAGGUGUCCUUACUCCAAAUACCAGAUCCGAGAACUUGAACGAGAGUUUUUCUUCAACGUGUACAUUAACAAAGAGAAGCGGCUUCAGCUUUCCAAGAUGUUAAACCUGUCAGAUCGGCAGGUGAAGAUUUGGUUUCAAAACAGAAGAAUGAAAGAGAAAAAGCUGAACCGCGAUCGCCUACAGUAUUUCACUGGGAAUCCUUUAUUCUGAUACCUGGGAGACAC